GUACAAUACAUAUGACUAAUUUCAGACAUUUCUAAAAGUUUGUUGUAACGGAUCAAAGGUUACAAAGUUUUGUUGCUGAUAGAUCAAAGAAUUCUUGAUGGAAAGUUUAUGCUGUUUGCAGUUCAUAGGAGGCCCUUCAUCGUAUAGCUCCGGCAAGGGGAAAAACCAUGAGGGUAAUAUCAAGUUUGGUUUUGACUUGGUCAAAGGAAAAGCUAAUCAUCCAAUGGAGGAUUAUCAUGUUGCUAGGUUUGUGGAAAUAGAUGACCAUGAGCUCGGGCUUUUUGCCAUUUAUGAUGGUCAUUCGGGCGAUCGCGUACCUUCUUACCUUCAGAAGCAUUUGUUUGAUAACAUCUUGAAUGAGAGUGGGUUUUGGGUUGACCCAAAGAGAUCGCUAUCCAAAGCAUACGAGAAAACUGAUGAAGCAAUUCUUUCACAUGAUUCUGAUUUGGGAAGAGGUGGGUCCACAUCGGUUACAGCUAUUCUUAUGAAUGGUCGAAGGUUAUGGGUGGCAAACUUGGGUGAUUCUCGAGCUGUUCUUUCUAGAGGAGGUGAAGCCAUACAGAUGAGUACUGAUCAUGAGCCUAGUACAGAAAGGGUCAGUAUUGAGCACAAAGGAGGUUUUGUUUCAAACAUGCCAGGGGAUGUCCCUCGAGUUAAUGGACAACUGGCGGUGUCUCGUGCUUUUGGAGACAAAAGCUUGAAAUCACAUUUGCGAUCCGACCCUGCUAUUCAUGAUACAAUCAUAGAUGCCAAAACGGAUCUUCUUGUAUUGGCAAGCGAUGGUAUCUGGAAGGUGAUGGAUAAUCAGGAAGUGGUUGAUAUAGCAAGGAGAAUUAAGGACCCCCAGAAAGCAGCUAAGCGAAUAAUAGCCGAAGCUUUGAAAAGAGACAGUAAAGAUGACAUAUCUUGUGUUGUAGUCAGAUUCAGGUAAAAAAAACUAAGUUCAUGUUGUGUCUGUCUUUGAUUUGCAUUAUGUGGGUCUCAUCUGGUCAUUGGACAUGCGACCCGUAAGAUGAAAAUGAGAGACUAAAUGCGCAAAUACUAUGUAAAGAAACUCAAGUAACCACGACUCUAUACAUGCAAAUAAACCCUUUUAAGGGUCUAUGAAUUUGCUAGGCUGUCGAAGAACAUAUUUUUUUCAAUGGUUGAAAUGUUCCGCUUUUGUAAAUUUCACCUUUAUUGGUGUUCUAGAGACUUUUUUUUAUUUGUUGAUUGAUUUUGAUGUAAGAUUAUGAAGGUUAAGUUUGGUGAGCAUAUUUGGACCUUGAAAUGAAAAGUUAGAGCUCUUGUGAAUA